AUGCGAUCCGGAGUUGUGCGCGGCUGGCGGGCGGGAGAGAUGCUCGCCAGCACCGCGAUCGGGCGGCUGGCUCGCAUUCCCGGUAGUAGCCACCGCUCAGCCGCCUCUUCUCGAUUCAUAUCGCUCUGCUCCCGCAUCUCCAAGCCAUGCUCCGUCGCGCCAAGGAGUAUUCUGGCCACAUUUUCUCCACUUCAUGCCGCGGGUUUUCUCAGUGAAAGCUUCUUGGUUCAAUACUACUCUCCCGACAUACACAACACAGAGAAUCAGUCCCCAGAGCCUAUGGCCCUGACUUUGCCUUCUCCUGACCGUAGGUCUUUCUUCAUCGGUGUGGCCCAAGGAGCACUUAAGGAAAGCUCUCUGGGCCUACGUCAGAACCCCAACAAUGCGGACAGAGACCCACCUUACGCAGCCCAGGACUCACAGCCUCAGUCUAGCAGGCUCCUGCCUGAGGUUCAGGCCUUCCUGCUUUCUCUUCCCCGAGAGACUGCUCUGUGCUGGCUGCUGCUGCUCUUUGUCCUCCUCAAGUGUGGACUGGUGUCCCUGCACCCACAGAAACCUGCAGGUUCUCAUUUACAGGUCUUCCCCAGUGGGAGCCUCUUUUCUUCCAUCAGGGAAGAGCUGUUUCAGUUCCCUGGAAAUGGCUACAUGACCAUCUCCGAUCCCCUGAGCUCUGUGAGUCUUUCCUAUUCCUUCUGUCCUUUCUCCACAGCCCCAGCCCAAGCUCAGAUCGUGCACGCAGGACAGGCCUGUGUGGUGAAGGAGGAUAAUAUUAGCGAGAGAGUCUACACCAUCCGGGAGAGCGACACCCUGGUGCUGCAGUGCCUGGUCACUGGGCACCCUCGGCCCCAGGUGCGGUGGACCAAGACUGCCGGCAGCGCAUCGGACAAGUUCCAGGAGACCUCGGUGUUCAACGAGACGCUGCGGAUCGAGCGCAUCGCCCGCACGCAGGGCGGCCGCUACUACUGCAAGGCAGAGAAUGGAGUGGGCGUGCCGGCCAUCAAGUCCAUCCGUGUGGAUGUGCAGUACUUGGAUGAGCCCGUGCUGACAGUACACCAGACUGUGAGUGACGUCCGAGGCAACUUCUACCAGGAGAAGACGGUAUUUCUACGCUGCACUGUCAGCUCCAACCCACCCGCCCGCUUUAUCUGGAAGAGGGGCUCUGACACACUGUCCCACAGCCAGGACAAUGGGGUUGACAUCUACGAGCCUCUCUACACUCAGGGGGAGACAAAGGUCUUGAAGCUGAAGAACCUGCGACCCCAAGACUAUGCCAGCUACACCUGCCAGGUGUCCGUGCGAAAUGUGUGUGGCAUCCCAGAUAAGGCUAUCACCUUCCGGCUCACCAAUACCACAGCACCUCCAGCCUUGAAGCUGUCUGUGAACGAAACUCUGGUGGUGAACCCUGGGGAGAAUGUGACAGUGCAGUGUCUACUGACAGGCGGCGAUCCCCUCCCCCAGCUGCACUGGUCCCACGGACCUGGCCCACUGCCCCUGGGUGCUCUGGCUCAGGGUGGCACCCUCAGCAUCCCUUCAGUACAGGCCCGGGACUCGGGUUACUACAACUGCACAGCUACCAACAAUGUAGGCAACCCAGCCAAGAAGACGGUCAACCUGCUGGUGCGAUCCUUGAAGAAUGCCACGUUCCAGAUCACCCCUGACAUGAUCAAAGAGAGCGAGAACAUUCAACUCGGCCAGGACCUGAAGCUAUCCUGCCAUGUAGAUGCGGUGCCCCAGGAGAAGGUGACCUACCAGUGGUUCAAAAAUGGCAAGCCAGCACGCAUGUCCAAGCGGCUGCUGGUAACCCGAAAUGACCCCGAGUUACCCGCCAUCACCAGCAGCCUGGAGCUCAUUGACCUGCACUUCAGCGACUAUGGCACAUAUUUAUGCAUGGCCUCCUUCCCGGGAUCUCCAGUGCCUGACCUCAGCAUUGAGGUCAACAUCUCCUCUGAGACAGUGCCUCCCACCAUCAGUGUGCCCAAGGGCCGUGCAGUGGUGAUUGUGCGGGAGGGCUCUUCUGCCGAGCUCCAGUGCGAAGUGCGGGGCAAGCCCCGGCCACCCGUGUUGUGGUCUCGGGUGGACAAGGAGGCCGCCCUGCUGCCCUCUGGGCUGGCCUUGGAAGAGACUCCAGACGGGAAGCUGCGGCUGGAACGCGUGAGCCGAGACAUGAGUGGCACCUACCGCUGUCAGACAGCUCGUUACAAUGGCUUCAAUGUACGACCCCGGGAGGCUCAAGUGCAGCUGACAGUGCAUUUCCCGCCAGAGGUGGAGCCCAGUUCCCAGGACGUGCGCCAGGCUCUGGGUCGUCCCGUGCUCCUGCGAUGCUCGCUCCUGCGCGGCAGCCCUCAGCGCAUUGCCUCGGCCGUGUGGCGCUUCAAAGGACAGCUGCUUCCCCCUUCACCUGUUGUCCCUGCCGCUACCGAGGCCACCGAUCACGCUGAGCUGCGCUUGGAUGCCCUGACCCGUGACAGCAGCGGCAGCUACGAGUGCAGCGUCUCCAACGACGUGGGCUCAGCCACCUGCCUCUUCCAGGUCUCCGCCAAAGCCUACAGCCCGGAGUUUUACUUCGACACCCCCAACCCCACCCGCAGCCACAAGGUGUCCAAGAACUACUCCUAUGUGCUACAGUGGACGCAGAGGGAGCCAGACGCUGUGGAUCCUGUGCUCAACUACAGACUCAGUAUCCGCCAGUUGAACCAGCACAAUGCCAUGGUCAAGGCCAUCCCCGUGCGGCGUGUGGAGAAGGGGCAGCUGCUGGAGUACAUCCUGACUGAUCUUCGUGUGCCCCACAGCUAUGAGAUCCGCCUCACACCCUACACCACCUUUGGGGCUGGUGACAUGGCUUCCCGAAUCAUCCACUACACAGAGCCCAUCAACUCGCCCAACCUAUCAGACAACACCUGUCACUUCGAGGACGAGAAGAUCUGCGGGUACACCCAGGAUCUGACAGACAACUUUGACUGGACUCGGCAGAAUGCUCUUACCCAGAACCCUAAGCGCUCUCCCAAUACUGGUCCCCCUACUGACAUCAGCGGCACCCCUGAAGGCUAUUACAUGUUCAUUGAGACAUCCAGACCUCGGGAGCUGGGGGACCGUGCAAGGUUGGUGAGUCCCCUGUACAACGCCAGCGCCAAGUUCUACUGUGUCUCUUUCUUCUACCACAUGUAUGGGAAACACAUCGGCUCCCUCAAUCUUCUGGUGCGGUCCAGGAACAAAGGCACUGUAGAUACGCAUGCCUGGUCCCUCAGCGGCAACAAGGGCAAUGCGUGGCAGCAGACCCAUGUGCCCAUCAACCCCAGUGGGCCCUUCCAGAUUAUUUUUGAGGGGGUUCGAGGCUCGGGCUACCUGGGGGAUAUUGCCAUAGAUGAUGUCACACUGAAGAAGGGAGAAUGUCCCCGGAGACAGAUGGAUCCCAACAAAGUGGUGGUGAUGCCAGGCAGCAGAGCCACCCGCCUGCCCAGCCUGCAGCUUUGGACAUCCAUGGCCAUCUCCCUCUUGGCGUUGCAGAGAUGAUGAGAGCUGUGUGGCCCCCACACCCCACCCUGCCCCCGGCACACCAAAGUGUCCACAUCGUACCAAAGACUGACUCCUGCCAGCCGGGGUGCCCAGGGGCGGGGCCGGCCCGCCAGGGAGGGGGCCUUCAUUGGUUGCAAGAAUAAGCGGAGAACAUGGACAGAGGCCAGGCCAGGCUCUGGUGGUUGUUCAACACACGCACACACUCACACACUUACACUCACACACACAGAUAUAUUAAAGCACAAGUUUCUAUCCAA